UCUUGCCCGAAGUUGAUGGGCACUUCGGGUUUUUGGACCGCGGCCACACCAGGCUGACCAGGGAGAUAGCCGAUCCUGCUCCGCCAACCCCCGCUGCAGGGCCACAGACAUUGCCGCCGAAGCCAUGGAUGGGAGCUCAGGAGUACGUGCUGUUCGUGAUUGCACCAGGGUCGGCAAUGGUGGCCUUUGCCUUCGUCAUCUUCCUCCGUCACUUUGAGGCGAGGCAGACUGAGCGAAGCGAGGAAACCGGUGAAGGAGGCGAAGCCGGCAGAUGGAACGAAGAUCUUGAGGUUGUUGAUCGAGAGCCGGAAGGUCUGGAUGAGGAUGUCUAUGGCGCAGGGAUUGCGGCCUUGGUUCGUGAUUCCUACAGCUUGGUGGAUGGCAAGGGCGAUCUCGCUCUCCGUCUGUCACGGUUGGGAAGCAGCUUUCUGCUGAUGUUCUUCGUAGUUUUCUUGCAGAUUUUUGUCAUCAAGCAGAUGCAGGCUCUUGUCGCCGCCCGAGCCGUGACAGAAAUUCGGCAAAUCUACGGCAGGUUUGAGUUUGUCAUGUACGGUGCGGAUGUCACGCACAACUAUCUGACUCCAAACGGCUUCCCUCGCGGACUCGACAAGCAGUUCUUCGAUGCGUCAAACUUCGCACGCCUCACGGGCGAUGAGAAAGAUCUUGCUUGUAACAUCCCCUUCUCGCAAAUGCAGAUCUUGGUGCCCAUCUUGUUUAUUUGGACCUUAACGAUUGUUGCAGAUUUGCGACGCUGCGGAGAUUUAUUUGUGCGCCUCAUUCUUGCCACGCCGACAAUUACCAGCAUGAAGGACGCCGUUGUCGAGGGUGAUGGGGAGUGCGAGAUCAUCGUAGGCCUGACAAAGGAAGUGAAGGCUAUGCUGCUGUCCACCUGCAUGAUCCCACGCUGGGUCAUUGACGUCUACCUACUUUGGCUUGGGUGCCGUUGGCUGUGCGCUACACCCAACUUUGGAGACUUGCUGCUCAAUUCUGUUGCGUUGGAAUUCAUUGUCCUCCUGAAGGACACGCUAUUCAUAGGUGUGGUCCCAGAUCGCAACAAGAGAGCCACGCAGAACACCUUGAUCCAGCCUUGGCAGAAAAGAGAGCCCGCAAACUAUCGAGUGUUCCUAUCAGCUUUCGUGCUGGUCCUCGUAUCCUUCUCCUGGGUCUUCUACUACAUCUACCGCUUCCAGGUCCGCUGCAUUGACACGAUGUCUGGCCCAAGCUACGAACGCGUCGCUGUUCUCCAGCAACUGGUGCUAUACACUGAGACCAAGAAGUGCCCAUCCAGCCGGGCCACUUGA